CGGCGGCCCAGGCGCGGAGGGGGAGACGGUCCCAAGAUGGCGGCGCUGCAGGCGGAGCGCGGGUACGGGCUGUCCUGCGGCCGCCUCGGCCGCGGCACCCGCGUCUCCGUCUUCCACGUCAAGCUCACGGAGAGCGCCCUGCGCGCCUUCGAGAGCUACCAGGCUUGUAAGGAUGCUGUGACGUCAAAACCAGUCAUCCAGUUUCAAGGAAGCCAAGGGCACAUCGCGAUCCCGAGGCCCGACCGACCGACGGAAGUGAGGACCUUCACGUUUUACCUUUCAAAUAUUGGCAAGGACAGCCCCCAGGGGAGCUUUGACUGCAUCCAGCAGUAUGUAUCCAGCAAUGGCAAUAUCCACCUGGAUUGCCUUGGGAGCAUACAGGACAAAAUCACCGUGUGUGCUACUGAUGAUUCCUACCAGAAGGCGAGGCAGAGCAUGGCCCAGGCCGAGGAGGAGACGCGCAGCCGGAGCGCCAUCGUCAUCAAACCCGGGGGGAGAUACGUAGGCAAAAAGGUUCAGGUGCGUAAACCUGCACCAGGAGCUUCCGAUGCUGUUCCCUCCAGGAAGCGCCCAACGCCAGUCAACCUUGCCAGUGCAAUAAAGAGAGGCAAUAGUGCCAUUUCUCAGAGACCCUUCAAAGAUAGGGUUGUGCACUUACUGGCACUAAAGCCUUAUAAGAAACCUGAACUUAUUCUCAGAUUGCAGAAGGAUGGACUUUCUCAGCAGGACAAGGAUUUGCUGGAUAACCUUCUGCAACAGGUGGCAAAUUUGAGUGCCAAGGACAGCACUUUCACACUGAAGGAUUGUGUGUACAAAGAAGUGCAGAAGGACUGGCCUGGCUACUCAGAAGGAGAUCAGCAGUUGCUGAAGAGGAUCCUGGUUAGGAAGCUCUGCCAGCCCCAGAACAGCAGCGGUUUUCAAGGAGAAGCACCUUCCCUGAGCCCUCCAAAGGACACCGUGAACUCCAGCUCUCCCCCUCAGAAACGAUCCCAGCCUCUGGAGUUCAUCGACCCCCUGGCCAACAAAAAGCCCAGGAUCUCGCAUUUGGCUCACAGAACCCAACCCACCUUCAACGGGAAGCUGAGCUCCUCCAACGGGAAGGACACCCCCAACCCCCCCCCCGCCCUGCCGCCGGCGCUCCCCCCGGAGUCGGGAAGCUCCUCCAGCUCCAACCUGCCCGUGCUGGAGCUGCCCCGGCCCCACGACCCCCUCUCGGAUGUGAGCAACGACCUGGCUCACAACGGCAGAGACUGUGAGAGCAGCGAGGCCACGGACAGGCUGAGCCACCCCCCGCCCACAGACUGUCCCCAGACCAGCAAACACAACUGCGGCUCCUACGUCAAAUCCAAGAAAAAAUCCAAAAAGCACAAAGACAAGGAGAAGGAGAGGAAGGAGAAGAAGGGCGAGGAGAAGUGCAAAGAGGAGAAGCAGAACUGUGAAGUAAUAAAAAACGCUGACUUAGGUAGUGUUCCCCAGGAACAGGUCACAGGUUUAAAUGGAACAUGCAAUAAUUCUAGUGUACCAACAUCAACUUCAGAAAUGCCAGAUUAUUUAUUAAAAUACGCGGCCAUUUCCUCCUCGGAGCAGCGUCAGAGCUACAAGAACGACUUCAACGCGGAGUACAACGAGUACAGGGACUUGCACGCCCGGAUAGAGCGGAUAACCCGGCGCUUCACGCAGCUGGACGCCAAGCUCAAGCAGCUUUUGCAGGGCUCUGAAGAAUAUAAGACCAUCCAUGAUCAAAUUUUACAGGAAUAUCGGAAAAUUAAAAAGACUAACCCCAACUACAGCCAAGAGAAGAACCGCUGCGAAUACCUCCACAACAAACUGGCUCACAUCAAAAAACUCAUAGCAGAGUAUGACCAGCAGCAGUUUUAGCUGCCACCAUCCCCCUCCUCCUCCUCCCCCCUGGACUGGGUAGGGCAAAACAACAAAAAAAAAAAAAUCCAGUCACCUGGACGUUCCUUUUUUUUGUUUUUGUUUUUUUUUUUUCCCUUUUAUACACCCAAAAAUCCCUUUCAGAGACGAGCAUUAAUUAUUCCUCGUGGUCAAAGAACUUUUUGGGGAUGACUUAAGAUGCUGAAUCUUGUGGUGUCCACGUCCAGCACGCUCCUCCCGAGUUUUGGGUUGUUUUUUUUUUUGUUGUUUUGUUUUUUUUUGUUUUGUUUUUUUUUUUAAAGCCUCUGAGAAUGUAACCAACAGAUAAAACGAAAUUAAUCUGCUUAUUUGGGUUUGACACUGGUUUUUUUUUGUUGUGGAUUUUUUUUUUUCCUUCCCUGCUCAAACUGCUACAGACACUUAAGGGAAGAAAAAAAAAACAACACAACAAAAAACAGAAAAACACACCAAAAAAAAAAACAACUCACCUAAAAAAGCGACCGAAGCUCCCAAAGAGGUUAAGAACCUGUAGUUUUUUUGUUUCUUGGUUGUUUGUUUUUUUUUUCAUGGAAUUAAAAUUAAGUUUUUGGCAUGAAGUGUAACUCCCCAGCUCCACUUGGGGUUACAAAGUGUCCUGCAGAUGGUGAGGAACUGGAAUUGCUGCUCCGAGUGCCCGUCGGAACGAGGGCUGCGCCUGCUCCCGGCACCGCGUAAAUACACCACGUACCCAGA